AUGGCAUCUACAGAUUCAAUACUCCCCACCGCGACGACACUUCCCGCUGGCCCUUCCGCUGACGUUACUAGCCUAGAAAAUGAUGCGCCAACAACCUCCGCCUUAACCAAGCAAUCCGACAGCUCCCUAGCCACCACUGAACCCUCCGAAGACCCUGAAAAGAAAACAAAGCGCGUAAUCCGCCGUAAACGACGUCCUGCCCGUGUGCAGAUUGAUCCAGCGACAAUCAAAUCCGAACCUCCGCCCCAAACCGGUACGAUCUACAACAUUUGGUACAAUAAAUGGUCUGGUGGCGAUCGUGAAGAUAAAUACUUGUCCAAACACAAGGCACCUUCACGGUGCUGCAUUGCGACAGAUAGCGGAUAUACACGAGCAGAUAAAGUAACAGGGUCAUUUUUUUGUUUAUACUUUGCGCGAGGAAUCUGUCCUAAAGGUCACGAGUGCGAAUACCUCCAUCGUUUGCCGGGCAUCCACGAUCUGUUCAAUCCAAAUGUCGACUGUUUUGGACGAGACAAAUUCAGCGAUUAUCGAGACGAUAUGGGUGGCGUGGGGAGCUUUAUGAGACAAAACAGGACGCUUUAUGUGGGAAGGAUACACGUCACCGACGACAUCGAAGAAGUCGUCGCGAGACACUUUUCGGAAUGGGGCCAGCUUGAUCGCGUCCGGGUCCUCAACAAUAGAGGCGUCGCGUUCGUCACAUAUACGAAUGAAGCCAAUUCGCAAUUCGCCAAGGAGUCAAUGGCGCAUCAAAGUUUGGACCAUAAUGAGAUUCUCAACGUACGAUGGGCCACUGUCGACCCGAAUCCAGCGGCGCAGAAGCGUGAGGCACAGCGAAUUGACGAGCAGGCAGCAGAAGCAAUUCGAAGGGCGCUACCUGCGGAUUUUGUCGCAGAAUUGGAAGGCAGAGAUCCGGAAGCUAGGAAAAGGAAGAAGAUUGAAGGAGGCUUCGGGCUGCAGGGUUACGAGCCUCCAGAUGAAGUGUGGUACGCUAGAAGCAAAGAGCUUGAAGAAACCGCAGAAAAUAGGCAGCUUGAAGCUCCUGAUCAGCCUUACCUGAUCGAGGACGCACCUACUCAACAUACCGCUGCUGAUGUCAAUCCUACGGCAACUAGUGAGACAGGCAUUCUUUCAGGCGCAACGUUAGCGGCGCUAAAGGGAUACGGCGGGUCGAAUAUGACGAUCCAGGCUUCAAAUCAACAAAAUGAUGGGCCUUUAGUAGCUUACGGCAGCGAUGAUGACAGCGAUUGA